CACGCUCCUGGCGCGGAUCGAGCGCAUGGAAAGGCGGGUGCAGCUGGUGAAGAAAGACAGCGAGCGGGAGAAGCACCGCAUUUUCCAGGGCUUUGAGGUGGACGAGAAGCCGGAGGUGGAGGCAUGUGAGAAGCUGCCUCUGGAGUGUCCCCAGGACCUGCUGGAGCCCCCCCCGACCCUGCAGCCCAAGCACUUCCCUUACGGCAGGAACGGGAAGGGGCAUAAAAGGAAGCCAGCGUUCGGGAGCGCGGAGAGGAAGACGCCCGUUAAAAAACUCGUGUCGGAGUUCUCCAAAGUGAAGAGUAAAACUCCAAAGCACUCCCCGGGGAAGGAGGAAUCGGGUGGCUCCUUGGCUGAAACUGUUUGUAAACGAGAACUGCGGAGCCAAGAGACUCCUGAAAAACCCCGGUCGCUCCUGGAGACCCCUCUCCGGGCGUCAGCUCCGCCCAAGGGUCCCAGCACCCACCCCAAGGAGAAAGGCUUUGUCAGCGAGGCCGACGACCUGCCCUAUCUGUCCACCACCGAAAUGUACUUGUGCCGCUGGCACCAACCGCCCCCAUCGCCGCUGCCGCUGCGGGAACCUUCCCCGAAAAAGGAGGAGACUGUAGCAAUUCCGUCUUGGAGGGACCAUGUCGUGGAGCCCCUGAGAGACCCCAACCCCUCGGACCUCCUGGAGAACCUGGACGACAGCGUCUUUUCCAAACGGCACGCAAAGCUGGAGCUGGAUGAGAAACGGAGGAAAAGGUGGGACAUCCAGCGGAUCAGGGAACAGAGAAUCCUACAGCGGCUGCAGCUCCGAAUGUACAAAAGGAAAGGGAUUCAGGAGUCAGAACCUGAAGUUACCUCAUUUUUCCCUGAGCCAGAUGAUGUGGAAAGUUUGCUCAUCACCCCUUACCUGCCUGUCGUCGCCUUUGGCCGGCCCUUGCCCAAAUUGACCCAACAGAACUUCGAGCUGCCCUGGCUGGAUGAGCGCAGCCGCUGCCGSCUGGAGGUGCAGAAGAAGCAGACUCCUCAUCGRACCUGUCGGAAAUAAAGGGAGAYGCUGGGAGCUCCAAAACACCUCCAKGAGCUCCGAAUGUCCUCGGGGGUGGCUCUGAAAAYCUCCGAYGUCACCAGGUCACCGCCGGCCGCUGACRGAUGGUUUCGUUCUUCCGCGAUCCCAGUUUUGUUCACUUGGGUUUUGGAACGUUCCCCGGACUCAUCCCCCGCACUGGCACCGGCUUUUCGGUGCCACCAGCCAGCAGCUCCGCUCCCCAGGGCAGAUCAUGGCCCCAUCCUCGGGAUUUGGGAUAUGGGAGCACGGGGAUCACCAGCACCAGAUCCCCUGCCUGGGGGUGCCACAGCCCACGAGACUCACCCGCUGCUGCCUUCAUGUUGUGUUUAGUUAGAAAGCAGGAUAAACAGCGGAUUUUAUUGSAGCUGGCCAGAGCCUGGGAAGCGCCUGGGAGUCUCUUUUGGGGGGUUUUCCCCCUCUUUGGGGGGGUUUUUCCCUCUCUUUGGGGGAUUUCCUCUCUGGAGCGGGUUGGCGGGGGCAGAGGGGAGAGUUAAAAAGCAAAAAUUCUCUUUUUUUUUU